GCUCUUGUAUAUGGGUCCCAACUAAUCUAAACGCCAAAACAUCCACAAACGCAAACUAACUUCACUGAAACCACUCCUGAUCUCAAUCUUCUUUGAAUCAAAACCCUAAACAACAACAGAUGAAGUCAGAUUCUUUAGAUUACUAAUAACAAUGUCUAAUCAAUGCUCUAAUAUAUUUAAUUAUCGAUCUUUCAAUCUCUUUCCCCCUUUCAAUACGCCUCUAAAACCCUACGCUACCACUCUCCCUCCUGUGUUUCCAUUUAAUGGCAAUCUCAUACUAAUCGAUAAGAGAUUAGGAAACAGAAAGUUAUCACUUCCUCCGCCAAUAGCCGCUCAAAUUUCAUCGGAUGUAGUUCUCGUUGCAACCACAGAACAUCAUGAUGGCAGUUUAAUAUUCCAGUUUGGGGAUGCUUCCGAGGUAGUGAAAAAUGAUGAAGUGGAAGAAACAGAGAGUAAAGCUGAACUGGAAAGUAAUGUUGUGAACGUAUUAGAUGGAGAUCAGGAUAGACAGGUGGUUGAAAAGACAACUGAAGGAGAAUCUGUAAGUGAUGUUGACAGACUUACUGAGGUUGCUGAUGAGAUUACAAAUGUAGACAUUGACAGUGACAUUGCUGAAAGGGAAACUAAUGUCACUAGUGAUUUGAGAGAUUCUCAUGCAGUAUUGAUGGAGAGAGUGUCAUGUAUAUCUGAGGAAGAAGUUAUUUCAUUGCAAUUUGAUGCUAAAAUGAACGAAUCUCUUAAAGAUGUAGAGAGCACGCUUGAUACAACAGAAUGCACUGCUCAACCUGAUGAUAAAACUGAGGAUCAAUUAGUUUCUGUUAAGCCUGAAAGUAUACAAGCUUCAGAUAUUGAAGUCAUGGAUGUUAAACAACCAUAUGCUGCGGAUGAGUUGGACAAGGUGGAAACUGAAGAUACUAGUGAGAGUGAUACAGAAGAUAUAAUCCCUCCUGCAACUAUACAUAUAACAGAUGUUGAACUGAUGGGUGCUGCAAAUGAAGAUGUCAAUGAAGAGUUGCAAGAUAUGAACAUCAAUGGGAUUACUCUCAUAGAUGAGAUCCCAGCAUCUGAUUCAUUAGGAGCUGAACCUUUAGAUGAGGUAAGCCAGCUCCAAGCUGUUGAUAUCAAGGUUGAGACAACCAUGGAAAUUUCAAGUACUGAAGUCAUGGAUGUUAAGGAUCAAUCUAUGGAAAAUGAGUUGCAAGAAGUGAGCACCAAUAAGAGGGAUGAGAAUGAUGUUGCAUAUGUGAUCCCUGUAUCCAGUGUAGGAGAGGCAGACCCAAUUCUAGAAGAGGAUGUCAGCCAACCCCAAUCAACCCCUGCCCCCCUCAGGCCUGUCAUGCAAGUUUCAGAUAUUGAACUUCAUGAUUCAAUGGAUCAGAAUCCAGAUAAUGUACUUUUACAAACCCACAAUGAAACUGAGUUGCAAGUUGAGCUCAUGGAUAUUACACAAACAGAUGAGUUGCAAAAAGUGGAGACUGAAGAUACUACCACAAGCGAUACGAAGGAUUUAUCGCCUCCCACAAUCUUGAAUAUUUCAGAUACUGAACUUAUGGAUGCUGGAAAUGAGGAUAUGGAGGAAGGGUUGCAAGAUAGGAACAUGAAUGAGGGUACUUUCAUAGAUGAGAUGCCACCAUCGGAUCCAUCAGGAGCUGAAACAAUUCUAGAUGAGGUAAGCCAGAUUCAACUUGCUGAUUUCAAUCUUGAGGCAACCAUGGAAGUUUCAUCUGCUAAAGGCAUGGAUGUUAAGGAUCAGCCUGUGGAAGAUGAGUUGCAACAAGUGAGCUAUGUGAUGCCUGUUACCUUUAUAGAAGAGGAGGUAAGCCAGCCCCAAUCAACCCCUCUUGAGUUCAAGUCCACCAUGCAAGUUUCAGAUAUUGAACUUCAGGAUACUAUGAGUCUGAACUCGGAUGAUGGAAUUUUACAUGUCAUUGAUGAAAUUGAGAAUCCAUCAGAAUCUGUCAAGGUUGAAUCUAUGCAAGUUUCACAUAUUGAAGCCAUGGAUGAGUUGCUUGAGGUAGAAACCAAAGAUACUAGAGAGAGUGAUGCAAAAGAUUCAGUGUGUCCAGAAACCAUGCACACUUCAGAUAUUGAACUUACGGAAGCUGCAAACGGGAAUUUGGUAGAAGGGUUGCAAGAAGUGAACACAGGUAAUAGCGAUAAGAAUGAUGUUUCAAAUGUGAUGCAUGCAGAACCAGUUCUAGAAGAGGAGGAAAAGCAGCCAUGUUCAACCCCUGUUGAGCUUAAGCAUAGCAUCCAAGUUUCAGAUAUUGAAGUUCAGGAUACUAAAAAUCAGAGCCUAGAUGAUGUGAUUUUACAAAUCAUUGAAGAGGAUGCAGGUGACAAUUACAUCAAGGAUUUUGAGCGAUCAUUGCAUCAAUUAGAGGCUCAACUAGUUCAAGAUGAGAGAGUAAAUCACAACAUAUUGGAACAAUGUGCUGAAGUUGAUGCACUUGAAAGCUCAAUGCUGGUUGAACAAGUUGCCAAUGUCUCACAACUGGAAGCAGAAAGAGUUGAGGAGAUUUAUCUGACAGGCUAUAUCCUGUCUUCUGGUGCAGCUUUGUUGGAGCAUCCAUUUAAGGCAUUGACAGGUGGAGAUGAUGCGUACUUUCUGUCUAGCAGUAAAUGGCUAGGGGUAGCUAGUGGGGUUAGCCAAUGGUCAUUUGAAGGCACUGAUCCAGGAGUUUAUGCCCAAGAGCUCAUGAGAACCUGUGAAGAGAUUGUCUCAGUCUCAGAUACCACCAGUAAUGUUCCAAUGACCAGCCCUGUUGAACUUCUUUGUAGAGGUGUCAAAGAAACAAAUAUGUCAGGUUCCUCAAAUAUUAUGAUAGCAAACUUCAAUGGUCAGGCUCUUCAUGUGGCUAACAUCGGAGACACGGGAUUUUUGAUAAUCAGACAUGGUGCUGUUUACAAGAAAUCUUCUCCAUUGCUUCACGAGUUCCAUUUCGCAUUGCAAGUUGAAAAUCUCGAUGAUCCCUUGCACCUUGUGGAGGAACACAUAAUCGAAGUAGAUGAAGGUGACAUACUUGUAUCUGCAACAGAUGGACUUUUUGACAAUCUAUACGAGCAAGAAAUAGCUAUGGUGGUCUCAAAGUCACUACAAGCUGGGAUGAAACCAGAGGAAGUUGCUAAAGUAUUGGCUACACGGGCACAAGAGGUAGGGGUGUCUGCAUUUGUAAGAAGUCCGUUCUCAGAUGCUGCUCAGGCGGCCGGAUACACCGGAUAUAGUGGCGGCAAGCCGGACAAUGUGGCGGUGAUUGUGUCUUUGGUUGAAAAAAUAUCCACUUCAUAGAUACAGCUAAGACCAUUGGAUAAAUGCAACCAGUGGGCAAUUGGUGAAAUGUGUUAUUCUUUUUGAAUUGUUUACUUCACGAGUUAGGUGCACUUCUUCAUACUUCAUGUGCUGCUCAGUGCUCACAUUAUAAUUCCAUGUGGACGUUACAUAGUACAAGAAACGAUUGGAAGAUUUUAAGGAUAUGUUAAGGAUUAAUUUUGCAAAAAGCAAAUGCACAGUAU